GGCAGAGAGAGUGAGGAGCAGCGGGCUGGCAGAGAGCGGACGCGUCGGAAACCUCCCCGGAGUGGCCCCCGUGUAAUUCGAUGCACGCUGUUAAAGCUUAGAGUAUAUUGUCUUCCCCUCCGCGUAGGCAGCCUCCACCCACCGGCCCACCCUACAUUUAGCGGAUCAUGUGACUCGGGGCAGCCUAAGAAACAGGAUGUUAAUGCUUGACGGAAUGCCUGCAGUCCGAGUCAAAGCUGAGCCCCUGGAAUCGGAACAAGGGUUACCUAAAGUGCGGCCGUACUCUGCGAUGGACGGCGUGCCCUUCUUCCUGAGCAGAGUCAAAGCAGAGCCCCCAGAAGACCUGCUCGCCCACGACCUGCACUUCCACACGCAGACCGAGCCCGUCGACCUGUCGAUCAACAAGCCACGCCCCUCGUCUUUGUCCACCACCCCGACCACCGCCUCGUCAUCCUCACCCCUCCGAUACGCCUUCUCGCCGUCGUCCUUGUCGUCGUCAUCAUCCUCCUCCUCCUCAUCCUCCUCCUCGUCCUCGCCAUCGGUCAUCACCUCAGCCUCAUCGGUGCUCACGCCGGGCCCCCUGGUCGCCCCCGGAGGCGGGAUGAGAGGUCAGCCGUAUUUGCACAUCCUGCACUCUGUGGCACCGCCUCCGUCCAGCCCCCUGAGCCUGCAUGGGGCGGGCAAGCUGGCCAGCCAUGUCCACCGCAUCCCAGUCGUGGUGCAGUCGCUGCCCCUCAUGUACACCACUGCCGUUCGAUCACCGUCCAGACUCAACAACGCCAUCAUGCUACCUCUGCUGGACGAGGUGAAAAGCCAGGGCAAAGCACACACGGACCACAGGGGCCUGUCGCCGAGGCAGAUCAAGAGCGACAGCGACGACGACGACCUGCCAAACGUGACCUUGGACAGUGUUAAUGAGACCGGCUCCACGGCGCUGUCUAUAGCCCGCGCCGUACAAGACUCCAUGUCUCCGUUCAGUAUCGACAGCAUACGGCGCCCCCGGAGGUCAGAGUCACCCGAUUCCAAAAAGAGGAGAAUUCACAGAUGUGACUUCGAGGGCUGCAAUAAGGUUUACACCAAAAGCUCCCAUUUAAAAGCACACCGGAGGACACAUACAGGGGAAAAGCCAUACAAAUGCACCUGGGACGGCUGCACGUGGAAGUUCGCCCGCUCCGACGAGCUGACGAGGCACUACAGGAAGCACACGGGGGUGAAGCCCUUCAAGUGUGCAGACUGUGACCGCAGCUUCUCCAGAUCCGACCACCUGGCCCUGCACCGGCGGAGACACAUGCUGGUGUGACUCGGUACUCGGACAGAGAGGCCAAGAAGAGAGGGAGGGAGAGAGAGAGAGAGAGAGAGAGAGAGAUCAAUGGAACAGACACACAUGUACACACGCACACACACACACACACACACACACACAGACACAGACACAGACAUAGGCAGUCGGGGGAGCGGGAUCUCCCUAUGAAUGUUUUUCAGCUGGCCUGGACGCACACAUGCAUGCACACACACACACACACACACACGCACACGCACGCGCACACGCACUCUCAUCCGUCACCAGGAAAGGAGAUGGCGACGUGCACAGGGCUUGUGGAGCACUAACCAGGGUCACUUCUGGACCCCCUUUGGGUUGGAAGGAAUGGACGGCAGGAUCUGUUAUUGUAAUUCUUUGGAGUAUAACAGGGAACUGUCUUUUACAGCACUGUUUGUAAAUGUUUCACUUUGAUUUUUAAAGAAGAACUCGCACUCUAUUCUGAGAAAAAACAAUAUAUAUAUAUAUAUAUAUAUAUAUA